AUGCAGGAAAUCACCAUUGAAUCCUUGGCCAAGAAGGAAGGAAACGAGGUUCGGCCAACCUCCUCGGCCAAUAAAAUGCAAUCGAUUAAAGCGCCCAGCUCUGAGAAGAUCCAGGAACCGGCAAGUUCUCCAAUCUUUAUAUAACAUAUAUUUUUUAUAGAUUUCUUAGCAACGGCCGAUCAUUGCAAGAAUCGACCCUCUCAGAAUCUUCCAAAAUUUUGCAUAAUUGUUUUUUAAAAUAGAACGCGAAUUUUAAGAUUCGGAAAUUACCGUAUACCGCGGUUACGUUAGAUACAAUUUGUCGAAUUAUUUGAUUGAUACUCAAGAAGGGUGUAUUUUGAUUAUGGACAUUUUUGUUGUAGGAUGCAACAUUUGAUUACUUUGCGCCGGAAGAUGCGGGUUCGAUUUCGGUCGUGUGCGGACGUAUUUCUUUUCGUCCUUAAAAUAAUUAGCUAAAGGCGAUUGGGAUCGGUUUUGUCCCCAAGACGGUUUUGUCCCCACUUUUUAUAUUUUUUUUUGUCGCCAGGACGUUUUUGUCCCCAAGCCUUCUCAAAAAUGUGUUUUUAGCACUUGGUACUAUAUGCACGAUUUUUUGCACAAAAUGAACUUCUGAUCAGUAUUGCAUACCAAAACAACGGCAUUCACGCGUUAUAACUUUUUUUACCUCGCGGAAUAUAGUACUACCUCGUACUAUACAGUACCAAGCGGUAAAAACAUAUUGUUUGACUAAUAAUAUUAAGGGUAUUUUGACACAAUUUGACGUCAACUUGACGUCAUUUUGAAAAAUUCGGUCAAAUUGACAACCCGAUUAUAAAUGUAUGUAAUACUGAAACUUACCGUAAAUUUUGAGAACAUUCUUAUUUUUUGAAUAUUUUGAGGUUUCCUGACAUGUGUAAUUAAAAAACGAAGUCCGUUUUGGAGUGGACGAUUUCUUGGGUGAUAUGGGCAACGUUGUAAUGCUAUUAAAUAUCACGUGAAUAAAAAAGGAUUAUUCUCAAAGUUUACGCGCAAAACAGAUUUCAUUUUUGGAUUCCUGACCGUCGAAACCCCCAAAAAUGAAUGAAAUUGCAAAAAAUUUCAAAAGUUUUACAGUGUUAUAUCAUAUAGUAGUAGCCCCCAAUACAACAUGUUCUUCAUCACCCGAGAGUUCAUUCACCCCAAAGAUCCAUCACCCGAAUACGCGCCACCCGAAUACGGAACCCGAAUAAGCGAUCACCCAACUUUUCCCGACCUCCUUUACCAGAAGAUUCUGAAGUGGUCGAUUUUUGGGAAUGUCGGGGCCUUGCUUCACUCUGUAAAAAAGGCUUCAUUUCAAAUUACGAAAUUUCAAACGUUACUUGAGAGCCACGGUAACCUUUUCAGAAGAACCCCUCAAUCCCCCCAUUAUCCACCGAGAAGAUCUUGAAUGAGAUCAGGGAAUUUGAUUUUAACUAUCGUUGGUACUUUACAAUCCUGGCCUUGGAAUUUGUGUUCGUAACUCUGGUUGUGGUCGCUGGUUUCGUUUUGAUCGGAUAUUAUUCCGAAUGGAAGUUCGAAUAA